GUUUCGUAUUAUAAACUUUGUCAAUUACAUUAGUCGUGUAUAAAGUUUUUCAUAAUUCAAAUGUUUAUGUUAUAUAAUAGAAACAUAUGAGUGUAUUCUUAUUUAAUAUGGUUCGUUACAUCCUACAUUUUGAUGUUUCGCAAAUUUUUAUUGGUUGAUACUCGAGUUUCUAAUUGGUCGUUUCGAAAAAUGCACUUUAAAAUUUUGAUGAUACAACGGAAUCUAAAGAAUCAGUAUCACUUGUAGUAUUCGAUAAAGAAAUGUGAAAUGAAUGUUUGAUUUGUUAAUUCGUGACAGAUGUGUGGUACAAUAUAAUUUAAGAAUAUGGGUUGAACCAUGAAUUGCACUAAAUGUAAAACAAUUUAUUUAAUAUUACAUGAAAAAAGUAAUUAAAAAGAUAAAUAUGAUUGGUUUCCCUAAAUUAUAGUCUGAACAAAUUAUUACAUAAAAUAUUAAUAUGAGUAACGUUAAUUCGCAACACGUCUCAUUAAGAUCAUUAUUAACACUCAAAAAUAAUGAUUUUAAAGAAUUUUUUUGUGGUUGGGGAGCUGCGCUUAUCAAUGUAUCUAUUACUUUCCCUAUUAAUAAAAUUAUAUUUAGACAGAUUUUGGAAGAUGUACCAGCUAAUACUGCGUUUCAACAAAUAUCUAGAGAAGGAAUACGGUUGUUGUAUCGUGGAAUUUUACCACCCCUUUGUCAGAAAACUCUUUCGGUUAGUGUAAUGUUUAGUAUGUAUGAAGGCUGUAAAGAACGGUUAUGCACAUUAACAAAUAAUGAUAUAUUAACCAGAAUAUUAGCAGCCCAUUUUGCUGGUACUGCUGAGGCUAUACUUAUGCCACUUGAAAGAGUACAAACAUUGCUACAAGAUUGGCGGUAUCAUGCUAAAUUUAAAAAUACUUCCCACGCAUUUAAAUAUUUAUUACAAAAUUAUGGUAUAUCAGAAUGUUAUCGUGGUUUAGUUCCAAUUAUAUAUAGGAAUAGUUGUUCUAAUCUUAUGUUCUUUAUUUUGAAAGAACACUCAAAAGUAUUGGUAGGUGAACAAGAAUCAUUGUUAACAAGUUUUAUUAAUGGUGCUUUAAUAGGUGGUUUUACAAGUACUGUAUUUUAUCCAAUGAAUGUAAUAAAAAUACAUAUGCAGUCAAAAAUAGGAGGUAACUUUGAAAAAUUUAUGACUGUUACCCGUGAAAUAUAUAUUGCUAGAAAUAGAAGUAUAAUGUCAUUUUAUAAAGGUGUUCAUUUAAACUGUAUGAGAUCAUUUAUUAGUUGGGGAGUCAUAAAUGCAUCUUAUGAUUUUCUAAAAAAGAUCAUGUUCUUAUAAUGUUUUAUUUUAGAAAUAUUUAUUUAUAUUUAUUUAUAUUAAAUCCAAUUAUUGUAAAAUGUGUAAUUUAAUGAAGUGUACUUUAUAACUGCAGCAAUUAUUCGCACAUUUUACUUGUAAUAGUAAGGACUGCACAGAAAUAAAUA